GUGUUCAUUUAUUGGGCUUCACUGAGGCUGCGCAGAGCAGUGAGCUCCGCCGCCUGCUUUCUGUGUGUUUUCACUGUUGUUCAAAGCGGAGAGCAAACUAAGAUCUUCAGUGUUUAACGGGAGCUAGAUUAAACAUCUGCGGAUAAAGCCAGCCUGUGAGGAGGAAGAGGAGGAGGGGAAGAAGAAGAAGAAGAGGAAUAGCUGCAGAGUAAAAAAGAGGGACACGGGAGUAGAAGAGGAGGAGGAUAGGGAGAAAAAAAAAAAUCAGGACAGUAACGUUAACGUUAAAAUGCUGCAGAUUUGACUGGAAGAUGUCCAACGUUACCGUGGAAGCGACCAACAUGCUCCCCAUCCUUAAGAAGAAACUGGCCUUUCUGUCAGGGGGCAAAGACCGGCGCAGUGGUCUGAUCCUGACCAUCCCUCUCAGUUCAGAUCAGACCAGCAUGGAGGAGCUCAGCGCCACACUGGAUUACUUGCUCAGCAUCCCCAGUGAGAAGUGUAAGGCUCGGGGUUUUACAGUUAUUGUGGACGGACGGAAGUCUCAGUGGAACAUCGUGAAGACUGUGGUGCUCAUGUUACAGAAUGUGAUUCCAGCUGAGGUGUCGCUGGUCUGCGUGGUAAAGCCAGAUGAAUUCUGGGAUAAGAAGGUCACACACUUCUGUUUCUGGAAGGAGAAAGACCGCCUGGGCUUUGAGGUGAUCCUGGUUUCGGCCAAUAAGUUGACUCGUUACAUUGAACCCUGUCAGCUGACGGACGACUUUGGAGGAAGUCUGGACUACGACCACAAUGACUGGCUCAACAAGAGACUGGUUUUUGAGAAGUUCACCAAAGAGUCGACGUCACUGCUGGACGAGCUGUCAAUUAUCAACGACAGUGACAAAAACAGUGCAGUUGACAAGGAGAAAUCGGCUGACUGCGCCCUCUUGCCGUCCUUUGACCCCGAGACUGUCCUUCAGACCGGUCAUGAGCUGCUGUCGGAGCUGCAGCAGCGUCGUUUUAACGGCUCAGAGGGAGGAGGAGGAGGACAGGGAGGUCCAGCCUGGUGUCCUAUGGAUGAGGAGCUGCUGGCUCAGCCUCAGGUAAUGAAGCUGCUGGACUCGCUCAGAGAGCAGUACACCAGAUACCAGGAGCUCUGCAGGCAGCGAAACAAACGCACCCAGCUGGACGAGAUCCAUGCCAAGGUCAUGCAGGUGGUCACCUGGCUACAGGGACCAGGUUCAGAGCUGUUGAAGACUCAGCAGGCAAUCGGAGACUCAAUGCGAGCCGCUCAGGCCCUGCAGCAGAAACAUGAGGAGAUAGAGAGCCAGCACAGUGAGUGGUUUGCUGUGUAUGUUGAGUUGAACCAGCAGAUCGCUGCCUUGCUCAGUGCCGGGGAGGAGGAAGAGGUGUUGGAGCUAAAGGCGCUGCAGCAGCAAUUGAGUGAUGUCUGCUACCAACAGGCCGCUCAGCUGGAAGGCCGACAGAAUGUCCUGCAGGCGGCGCAGAGCUUCCACAGCACCACACAGGAGUUAUCCCAGCUGUUGGACGGUCUACUGGGCAUGCUCUGUGCUGACGUAGCUCCAGCAGACGGAGCUUCGAUUCAACAAAACCUCAAACUGUUGGAGGAGAAGCUGCAGACUGUCGAGGCAGGUCUUGCUUCUCUGCGUCAGAAGGGGGCGCUGUUAAUGGAGCAGAUGUGCACCCAGCCGUCAUGGCCUCUGGAGGAGACGGAGAGUCCACCUGGAGAACAGCAGGACAACGCUCAGCACAUCCAGGCUGUGAUGGAGGAGAUGCAGCUCCGCAAGCAGAGGUGUGAGGACAUGGUAGACGUGAGGAGGCUGAAGAUGCUACAGAUGGUCCAAUUGUUCAAAUGUGAAGAAGACGCUUUACAGGCAGUUGAGUGGCUUGGCGAGCUGUUGGACGCCCUUUUGAAGACUCAUGUCAGACUGGGUGACGAUUCUCAGGAGACCAGGACUAUGUUGGACAAACACAGGAAGUUUGUGGAUGUCGCUCAGAGCACCUAUGAUUAUGGCCGUCAGCUGCUGCAGGCGACCGUUGUCCUUUGUCAGUCUCUGCGCUGUACGACGCGCUCGUCCGGAGACACUCUGCCACGACUCAACCGAGUCUGGAAACAGUUCAGCGUCAGCGCUGAGGAGAGACAACAGAGACUGGAGCUGGCUCUGAACUUCCACACCGCGGCUGAGAGGGUGUUACAGCAGGAGUGUGCGGACCAAGAGUCUCUGGAUGAAGUUGACUCUUCAGGAAAAACUCUGCUGGACAGGCUGACCAUGCCUGUGAUCUUCCCUGAUGGGACCGAGCAGUACUUUGGGAGUCCGAGUGACACAGCAGCAGCCGCGGAGGGCGUCAGGGAGCGCCUCCUGCUGGUGGAGGAGCGACGACUUCAGCUGCAGGAGAUGAGGCUUCAUAAUGACGAUGAAGAAGAGGAGGAGGAGGAGGAGGAGGAGGAGCAGGAGCAGGAGGUGCGAACAGGGCAGGAGGCACGGCUGGAUGUGAUAGGAGAGGAACUGAGCGAGAAAGAGGAACAUGAUGAGGAGGAAGAGGAGGCGGGGCAGCAGGAUGAAGACUUAGAGAGGGCGACGCAGGACUGCUAAUGGAUGGCUGAUUCCGUUAAACUGAGCAGCAUUACUGAAGUAUCGUUAACGAAGGGCUGCGGAUUCAUUGUCACCGAAACCUCCAAGUGGUUGCUUCUUUCUCCCUGCGGCAGUAGAGCUUACUGCUGUGCUGGUAUUUUUUCUUUUUAAAUUAAGACUUCUUCUACCAGCCUCCUUUUUAAGAUAAGGAUAAAAAUGUUAAAUGUGAUUCUUUUCUUUUUUUUCACUCCGUUUAGCUGAAACUGUGAGAAUGACUGUCCGCUCUGGACCAACAGCGCCCUCUAACUGUUUAGUUGCAGUAGAGCAAUCCAGGCGAUUUCAUAAAUGUAAAAUAUUGGUAUUAAAUAAUAUUGAUAUCUCUGGAUGCUCUGUGUAAGAUCAACUGUAAAAUAAUAAGUUUGGAUAAGAAUACUUAUAAGGUACAGUUAACACCACAUCCUCGUUCCCUGCAUGCCUGUUGUUUACCUAAAUGGGUGGAGCUUCCAUGGUGCUAACAUGGUGACCAAGGUAUUUGAGUGCCUCCUCCGACUAUCCGCCUUUCUAUUUCCCUCCUAACAGAAGAUCAACUUUAUGGCCUGUACAGGAAGUGCGGGGCAACUGUAUAUCAGGUGUACCGCGACCUGAUAGUAUAUCUACCUAUAACAGUCCUCUACAUUUCUCCUAUAGACUGUUGGAGCUUUUCUACUCUGGAAUGAACAUAUAACUUUCCUGGUUGCAUCACCUGUACAAAUAAGCUUAAGUAUAGAAGAGUGAAGUCAAUUACAAGUCCCAAAGAGCAUCGCUAAACAAGAAACAGAUACAGGUUUCUGAAUGUCGUCCUCCUUCAGUUUCCUAGGUGAGCUGUUCAAAAUCUAUACGGCUUUCUACGUAACUAGCCAAGAUGAGGUGGCUAACCGUAGCAUUCUAGCACUAGCAUGCUAGUUUGUUCUCAAUGGCAAAACCCCUGCUACAACACAUACUAGUUCAUCAAAAUCUACAA